AUGAAGAUUCUACCCUUAUUCUUUUUGCUGGCUUGUGUGAUGCUUGCGCGGGCGCAAGAAGAAGGUGAGACGCGUUCGCGCAUUAUACCGAAACGAGGUUCCUUGGCCAAAGGCAAGACUACAACUACUACCACACCUGCACCACAGGUACUGAGAGAAUAUGGGGAUGAAGGUGACCCCCUGCCGAGGAAAAAGCCAAAAAGUUUAAACUGA